AUGUAUCGUUUUGCUAAAACAAUUUCACGAACAACAGCACCACUUGUUCAACAUGUCGUACGUCGUUCAUUAGCUAAAGAAAUUAAAUUUGGCUCGGAUGCUCGAGUACUUAUGUUACAAGGUGUUGACAUUCUUGCCGAUGCCGUCGCUGUUACUAUGGGUCCUAAGGGACGAAAUGUUAUUCUUGAGCAAAGUUGGGGUGCACCAAAAAUAACUAAAGAUGGUGUUACAGUUGCCAAAGGUAUUGAAUUAAAAGAUAAAUUUCAAAAUAUUGGUGCUAAACUUGUCCAAGAUGUUGCAAACAAUACGAAUGAAGAAGCCGGUGAUGGUACAACUGCUGCAACAGUUCUUGCUCGAGCUAUCGCUAAAGAAGGUUUCGAUAAAAUUUCACGUGGUGCUAAUCCAAUUGAAGUUCGUCGUGGUAUUAUGCUUGCUGUAACAGCAGUUAUUAAUGAACUUAAACGAAUGUCAAAAACUGUAACAACACCUGAAGAAAUCGCACAAGUUGCAACUAUAUCAGCUAAUGGUGAUGUAUCUAUUGGUGAUAUUAUUUCGAAUGCAAUGAAAAAAGUUGGCAAAAAUGGUGUUAUUACUGUUAAAGAUGGUAAAACAUUAAUAGAUGAACUUGAAGUAAUUGAAGGAAUGAAAUUUGAUCGUGGUUAUAUUUCACCUUACUUUAUAAAUUCAACCAAAGGUGCUAAAUGUGAAUUUCAAGAUGCUUUUCUUUUAAUAAGCGAAAAAAAAAUCUCAUCCGUUCAAGAACUUAUUCCAGCUUUGGAAUUAGCUAAUAGUCAACGUAAACCAUUACUUAUUAUUGCUGAAGAUAUUGAUGGUGAAGCACUUACUACUCUUGUUCUUAAUAGACUUAAAGUUGGCCUUCAAAUCUGUGCCAUUAAAGCACCCGGUUUUGGUGAUAAUCGUAAAAAUAUUUUACGUGAUGUUGCUAUUGCUUGUGGUGGCACUGUAUUUGGUGAUGACGCUAAUUUAAAUAAAAUGCAUGAAAUCACAUUAAAAGAUUUUGGCCGUGUUGGUGAAGUUAUUGUUACAAAAGAUGAUACAUUGUUAAUGCGUGGUAAAGGUGAAUCAGCAGCUAUAGAACAACGUGUUAAUGCAAUUACCGAAGAAAUCUCUGAAACUAAUUCUGAAUAUGAAAAAGAAAAAUUACAAGAACGUUUAGCAAAAUUAUCAAAUGGUAUUGCUGUAUUAAAAGUUGGCGGUGGUAGUGAAGUUGAAGUUAAUGAAAAGAAAGAUCGUAUUACUGAUGCUUUAAAUGCCACACGUGCUGCUGUUGAAGAAGGUAUUGUACCCGGUGGAGGUGUUGCUCUUUUAAGAUGUCUUAAAGUAUUGGAAAAUCAUGCCGGUGCUACAAAUGAAGAUCAAAAAAUUGGUAUUGAAAUAGUACGAAGAGCUCUUCGUAUGCCAUGUUCAACCAUUGCUAAGAAUGCUGGAAAAGAUGGUAGUGUUAUUGUAGAAAAAAUUCUUAUGUCACCCUUCGAAAUUGGUUAUGAUGCUCAACGAGAUGAAUUUGUUGAUAUGGUUAAAGCUGGUAUCAUUGAUCCAACUAAAGUUGUUCGAUCUGCAUUACAAGAUGCCAGUGGUGUUGCUUCAUUAUUAACAACAGCAGAAUGUGUUGUUGUUGAAGCAGCUAAACCUGAAAGCGCUGCACCAGCUAUGGGAGGCAUGGGUGGCGGCAUGGGUGGAAUGGGAGGAAUGGGUGGAAUGGGUUUUUAG